UGAUGCUCAAGGACAUUCGGCCCAUCUGAUGAUUUGGGCGUGUAUCUUUAGUUCACAUUCUGAAGUCAUCUUCUCAACCUAGUAUACAAGGUCUGUCAACAUGAAAGUGAUUGUUAAACGAUUUUAUUGUCUUGUCAAAUACACCUGUCGGUUCGCGUACAACUGUUAAUUCAUUCUAAUACUAACCAACUGUCAUAAAGUUCCUUUGUUUAUUGGUUCUAAAUCAGUCUGUCAUCAAUGUCAGAAUCGAUUUUUGAGGAUUUAUCUGCCCAAGUCAGGGUUCCUGGUGAUGGAGAAAAAGUUUUCAAGGAUGAAUGUCCUUUUUCGUUUGAGACACCUGAGACAGAAAAAGGAAUAUACAUAUGCAUGCGACACUUCGUUGCAAUUGGCUCUAAGAUCCUUAGGCUUUACUAUGAGAAGACUGGCUGUCGUGCUUUCCUAAGAUACAAGAUCGAAAAGCAAUUCAAAGAUAAGGGUGCUAGUGCUCAAGAACGCCCAACAAAACUCGCUAUUGGAGUUUCUGGAGGUUUUGACUUUCCCCAAGAUAUGUAUACAGUCACUGAACAUUGGUCUCUAGUGCGUCUCCCGCAAGGCGAUUCAUUUGAUAUCCCGAAUCCAGAACCCGGACAAGGACAAUCUGAUAUAUCUCAUCUAGAGAUUUUGGAACUUCCUAAACACCUAGCUAUUUCAAUCGCAUCAAUUCAACGUGCUGAGUCAGUAUUACUGGCAGAAGAACGAGCUAAUUCACUUAAAGCUUGGGAAGAUGAUAAUAUUUGUUUUAUUUCGUCGUAUGCAAUGAAUUUAGCACAAAUAAAUAAUUCUGUUCGAAUUCCCCCGUCUGGAUGGAAAUGUUACAAAUGUGAUUUGAGAGAUAAUCUGUGGAUGAAUCUUACUGACGGAACCAUACUUUGUGGUCGAAAAUUUUGGGAUGGGUCUGGAGGAAAUAAUCACGCUUUGGAACAUUAUGAAAAGACCAAGUAUCCGCUAGCUGUCAAACUUGGAACUAUAACUCCCAAGGGUGGAGAAGUAUUUUCAUAUCCUGAGGAUUCAAUGGUAACCGACCCGAAAUUAGCAGAACAUCUUGCUCACUUCGGUAUUGAUGUAAUGCUUAUGCAAAAAACCGAUAAAACGAUGGCCGAGUUAGAAGUGGAUGCAAAUGAGAGACUUGGAGAGUGGCUAACAUUGCAGGAAUCAAACCGUACACUUGAAGCACGUUAUGGUCCAGGUAUGACUGGACUUAGAAAUCUCGGUAAUACUUGUUACAUGAAUGCUGUGUUACAGGUUCUGUUUUCAAUCUCACAAUUUCGUUCAUAUUAUGCCUAUCAAUUGCCAGUUUGGUGUGAGGAAGCAUUGGAUCAAUUCACUUCUGAAGAUCAUCCACUUCUACCAGUAGAUCAUAUUGGUCUACAAUUUUCGAAAUUAGGACAUGGUCUCUGUUCAGGUGUUCAUUCAUGGUUAGUUCCAAAUAAUCUUAGUCAUACUACUACAGGUGGCCCUGUACCUAUUCUCCCGGGUAUACGUCCAAUUUUGUUUCGUCGAUUAAUGGGCGCGCAUAAUUCCACAUUUGCCACAAGACAGCAACAAGAUGCUUGCGAAUUUUUAAUCUAUCUAUUAGAUUUAUUAGAACAGAAAGCUAAUAGACAAGAACACGGAAAAGUACACCCAAGUAAUGUGAUGCGUUUUGGUGUGGAAGAACGUCUUCAAUGUGGUUUGACAAAUAAGGUCUCGUAUAAAACUGAUCAUGAAUGGAUUCUUUCAGUUCCAGUUCCAAUGGAAGCGGUAACAAAUCAAAAAGCAUUAGACAAUUAUGAAAAACGACGUGUUGACGCUGAGUUAAAUGGUAUACAUUUAUCACCCGAAGAGGUUGUACGACCAAUUAUUCCUAUGGAAGCUUGCCUGUCGGCUUGGGCUGAAACAGAACAAAUUAAUGAUUUUAAAACACCAGCAAGUCAACCUCCAGGUGCCAAAACAUUCGCUUUACGUUCUAAUCGUUUAACAAAUUUUCCAAACUAUUUAUGUAUACAAGUUGGACGAUUUACUGUUGGUACAGAUUGGCUUCCGAAAAAAUUGGACGUAGACAUCGAAUUAAAAUCAUCUGUUGGAAAUCAUGGUAAUACAGAAUGGUUUAUUGAUUUAAAUGGUUUACGUGCACCGAAUGGUAGUAGACCAUUGCCUGGUGAACAAUUAAUGCCAACUGGAGAUGAAAUCAAAUCUGAACAAAUGAAAACUGAUGAUGAUGAUGUACAACCGGAUGUAACAAUUAUCAAUGAUCUGUUAGUUAUGGGUUUCACUUUGGAAGCAGCACAGAAAGCUUGUAAAUUUACACAAAAUACUAGUGUAGAAAAUGCUACCAAUUGGUUAAUGGAACAUUUAGACGAUCCAGAUUUAAACGAUCCGUUGUCACCGCCCAGUGGUUGUCAGCAACAAAAUAAACAGAAACAACCGGUAGCUGGGCCCGUCACUUCUAUAAAUAUUGACGAAAACGCAGUUGAAAUGAUGUUGGCUAUGGGAUUCAGUAGACAACAGUCAAUCAUCGCAUUACAACACAAAAAUGGUAAUUUGGAACAAGCUGCUGACUGGGCAUUGAGUAAUCCAGAUGAAUUAGAAACUUUAUUACUUCAAUCUGAAAUAGCUAUGACUAAUAAAUCUUCCACUGAUGCUGGGAAUAAUUCAAAUCAGACAUCUUCAUCAGGUCCACCGUUAUCAGAUGGUAGUUCAAAGUAUGAAUUAUUCGCUUUUAUUAGUCACAUGGGAAAAUCGACCAAUGAUGGUCAUUAUGUCGCUCAUAUUAAACGAUCGUUUCUAGCUAAAUGUAUUCCUCACGAACCGCCAGUAUAUCAUAUCGGCUCACCAAUUUGUGGCGGUUCCGAUCAAGAAUGGAUUAUAUUCAAUGAUGAGAAAGUGGCAAAAAGUGAAUGCCCACCACAUCGUCAUGCUUAUUUAUAUUUCUUUCGAAGAUUAGAUGCUGCUGAUCAAUCUGAUUAACUGUAAUUGUGUAUGUGUGUGUCACCGAGUGGUGUGGUCAUUUAAACAGCUUAGUGUUAAACAAUGAUAGAUUUAUUGUUUUAUUUUCUCUUUCAUUGUCUCCACCUAUCUUCCAUUCUUAUUUUAAACUGCACCCCAGAAAUUCAUUAAGUUGUACACAUUAUAAAUUUAGAAAACCUACUCUUGUGUGUAUGUGUGUGUGUGUACAUGUAGAAACGAUAAAUCGCUGUUGGUUUUCUCUUUUUCCUUCAUGUUAGUAAAGUACAAUAAAUAAUUCAAAAGUACAACUUUUUAGUUUUCUGCAUUCUCUAAUUACAUUUAUACGUUCAUUUAUUAUUAUUAUCUCUCAUCUUCUAAAUAAGUCUUGAGUUUAUGUAUCGUAAAAAAACAAUACAAACACUAAGCCAGAUAUAUAUGGAUAUAAAUAAUGAAUAUAUUUUCAAUCAAAUUAAACUUGGUAACAAAAAGGAAAGUAUAUAACAUAGAGACAGACACACACACUCACGCACACGCACACACACAAACAUAUACAAAUACUACCUCUUUUCGGUUUAUAAAUUCCAUACAUGAACGAAUAAAUUAUGUUGUUUUUUUCAUUUAAUAAUUAUUUUAAAAGAGAAAACACAAUGAAUGAAACAAUUUACAUCAUAGAAAAUGUGGUAAUCUAUCUCUAUUUAAUAAAUAAAAAUGUAUUAUCCGUGUUUUGAUCAAUUUUGUUUUCAAUUCUAUAUGACUUACUCGUUGUUAAUGACUAUAAUGUUAUAUAAUCUUGAAAAAGAUAUCAUAAAUAAUAAAAGUAAACGUGUUUUUUUU